GGGCAGAGGCUUCCUAUUGGUCAGUUCUCCGGAAGCUGGGGGAUUCGGAUUCGCGAGCCCUGCGCCGCGUCUUGGGAGCCGCUGGAUGCGCGUGAAUGAGUCCCGGCGCAGGAUGUUCGUCCUGGUGGAGAUGGUGGACACCGUGCGCAUACCGCCGUGGCAGUUUGAGCGGAAACUCAACGACUCCAUUGCCGAGGAGCUGAACAAGAAAUUGGCCAACAAGGUGGUGUACAACGUGGGACUCUGCAUCUGUCUGUUUGAUAUCACCAAGCUGGAAGAUGCCUAUGUAUUCCCAGGGGACGGAGCAUCACACACCAAAGUCCAUUUCCGGUAUGUGGUGUUCCACCCGUUCCUGGAUGAGAUUCUCAUCGGGAAGAUCAAAGGCUGCAGCCCAGAGGGUGUGCAUGUCUCCUUAGGGUUCUUCGAUGACAUUCUCAUCCCUCCUGAGUCACUGCAGCAGCCUGCCAAGUUUGAUGAAACAGAACAGGUCUGGGUGUGGGAGUAUGAGACGGAGGAGGGUGCACACGACCUGUACAUGGACACCGGCGAGGAGAUCCGCUUCCGGGUAGUGGAUGAGAGCUUUGUGGACACGUCCCCCACAGGACCCAGCUCAGCCGAGGCUGCCUCUGCCAGCGAGGAGGUGCCAAAGAAGGAAGCGCCGUACACGCUUGUGGGAUCGAUCAGUGAGCCAGGCCUGGGCCUUCUCUCCUGGUGGACCAGUAACUAGCCCUGGACCUUAACAGUGACUGCCCAGCUUGAAGACCCUGCCCAGACCCUCAAAAGUGGGGCAGUUGGCAAAUUCUGAGGAGUGCCGCCCAGAGCUAGGCUGGGUGGGACCAGGAGUGCCAUCCCUCCCCAGCUCUGGUUCUCUGCCUUCUGGCGCCAGCCCUGAAGUCCUCUGCACCGGAUUGCUUUUGGUUUUUUGAAAGUCUCAUGGAUCCAGGCUGGCUUCUCACUUGCUGUGAGGCUUAGAGUAGCUGAGUUUCUGAUCCUCCAGCCUCUACCUCUUGAGUGCUACAGUUAGAGGUGUGCACCCCCACAUUGACUUUAUGUGGUAGUGAGGAUGGAGCCGGGACUUUGGGCACACCAGGCAAUCGCUCUACCACUUCGCCAGCACAAGGACUAGCUUAUUUCAUCAGUGCUGAGGAUGGAACCCAGGGCCUCUGUUAUGUUAGGUGGGUAUUGUACUACUGAGCUAGGCCUAGCCUACCCCUUCCUGUGAACGUCUGGUUUUCAGUGACAGAAGAACUAUCUAAUAAAUAAUGACAACAGCA